CCUCGCAGGGAUCAGGCCCACGCGUCGCGAGUCCCGGCCAGGCGCUCGUCCAGCCGCGCAGCAUGAGCGCCCCCGCGGCGGCCCCCAUCUUCGCCCCCGGCGAGAACUGCAGCCCCGCGUGGCAGACGGCGCCCGCGGCCUACGACGCGGCGGACAUGCACCUGCAGAUCCUUGGCAAGCCGGUGAUGGAGCGCUGGGAGACCCCCUACAUGCACUCGCUGGCGGCCGCCGCCUCCUCCAAAGGGGGCCGGGUCCUGGAGGUGGGCUUCGGCAUGGCCAUCGCAGCCUCCAGGGUGCAGGAGGCCCCCAUCGACGAGCACUGGAUCAUCGAAUGCAAUGAUGGCGUCUUCCAGCGCCUCCAGGACUGGGCCCAGCGGCAGCCACACAAGGUGGUUCCCUUGAAGGGCCUGUGGGAGGAGGUGGCCCCUACGCUGCCGGAUGGCCACUUUGACGGCAUCCUAUAUGACACGUACCCCCUGUCCGAGGAGACCUGGCACACACACCAGUUCAACUUCAUCAAGAACCACGCCUUUCGUCUGCUGAAGCCCGGGGGCAUCCUCACCUACUGCAACCUGACGUCCUGGGGGGAGCUGAUGAAGUCCAAGUACUCAGACAUCACCACCAUGUUCCAGGAGACACAGGUGCCAGGCCUGCUGGAAGCAGGCUUCCGGCGGGAGGACAUCCACACGCAGGUGAUGGAGCUGGUCCCGCCGGCCGAGUGCCGCUAUUACACCUUCCCUCGGAUGAUCACACCCCUGGUCACCAAGCGCUGAGCCUGCCCCGGGCCCGGGCUUGACUGCUGCAGGGCUGCAGUGCCACCCCUGUGCCCCACACAGUGCCUUCACAGCCCAGAGUGCGGCCUCUGGGCUCUCUUGGCCCUGGGUUCAAGUCUGGGCCCCUCUCCCCAGCCCCCGCUCGGCGGGACGCAGCGCCGGCUUCUGUAACCUUCCUCUAAGGAGCACGGAAGGCAAAAUAAACACUAACACAGGGCUCGGCCCAUCGGCACUC